CUAUGGUGCUACGAAGGUGGUGGGUUAACAGCUUGCUAGGUUCAGAGAGGCGUCGGGUUUCCGGUGGUCGCGGUGCAUUGUGGGACAGAAGUCGUUGGGAAUUUGUGCUUCGCGCCUGAGCCGAAGAGAACGAAUCGCCAUGUCUCACACAAUUUUGCUUGUCCAGCCUACCAAACGACCAGAAGGCAGGACUUAUGCCGAUUAUGAAUCUGUGAAUGAAUGCAUGGAAGGAGUCUGUAAAAUGUACGAAGAGCACCUGAAAAGAAUGAAUCCCAACAGUCCUUCAAUCACUUAUGAUAUUAGCCAAUUAUUUGAUUUUAUUGAUGAUUUGGCUGACCUCAGCUGCCUUGUUUAUCGUGCUGAUACUCAGACAUACCAGCCCUACAAUAAAGACUGGAUAAAGGAGAAGAUCUAUGUCCUUCUCCGCAGACAAGCUCAGCAAGCAAGCAAAUGAUGAGACAGUAUGGUUAAGGGGAUUUUGAGGGAGGGUUUGGACAACAGAUGUGUACAGCAUUCUGUAGUGAAAGUUUUGUAUUGUAGUUCUGUUCAUUCUUGUUAGUCUGCAGCUGCAAAUGAGUCUGUCAGAAUGGGGGGGGCUUGUUCAGUUGGAAUUUUUAAACAAAUAAAGGAAAUGCCUUUUGAGGGUAUUUAGUUAAAUUCUUUUUUGCUUAGAUGGUUUAUUUUUGUUUAAGUCCCCCAGGAUUGUUCACAUCUGCUUCAACACAGUCAUUGUGCGUAUUCCUCCCUUGAGGAUUUUUCAAUGUUAUUUGGAGACAAUUAAGUCAUAGCAGAAAAUAAACUAAAUGCUCUUUAAAUAAA